AAUAUUUCUGGUCGGACCUCUUCAGCAUGACAAACAAAAUUAGAAAUAAACAUUUGUGAAAUUCAAGUUUUAAAAAAAACCUAUAGACCUUGCAAAACGCACGUAAUAUUAAAAUUCAAACUAAAUAUUUAGUGUUACAUCUGUGGCGUCCAUACGCCAUGCAUUCAGAGUGAAGUCGCUGUUUAUUUUCACACAGACAGCGGUUUGUUUUGGUUUCAUUUCUUCGGAAUAUCACUGUGUUUAAAGAUGGCAGGACUGGAGCUGCUCUUCAACUGCGUAGCAAACUCUAUAACCUGUUCCCAAGAUGCUCUGAUUUGUUUUGUACACUGGGAAAUAGUGAAAAAUGGCUAUAAAUGUCUGGGCAUUGGAGAUGAGGUAAGUCAGUGUGUGUUUAAGAACACAGACGAGCUGAUCACGAAGCUAAAGUCCUCACUGCUGCCCCCUAAAAAAGAGGAGCGUCAAGGAAAGACGGAGAAGAAGACAAAAAGCGAAAGAGUCUCAAACUUAAGGGACCCUCACAGUGAUCCUCUCCUGAUCCCGACCAGAGGCCCUCCAAGCAGACACCCACCCAACUGGCCUGACCCGAUGGCUCCAUUUGCUGCCGGCGGUGCCGAUCUGGACCCUUUCGGGGGAAGAGCAGGAGGGAUGAUCGUCGAUCCAUUACGUGCCGGGUUUCCUCGCUCAGGGUUUGACCCCUCCUCUGGUAUUCCUGGAGUCCUUCCUCCCGGCGCUGUGCCCCCUGGUGCCCGCUUUGACCCCUUCGGGCCGGUUGGGCGACACAGGCCUGGGCCAGACCCUGAUCACAUGCCUCCCCCAGGAUAUGACGACAUGUUCAUGUAGACGCACUAACAUCCCGUAGUUCUCGCUGUUCUGCAGUGAUAUGCACUUUGUGUUUGAAUAAACUAUGUUGUGGUCAAACAUAA